AUGACCGCUAAGGAGCUGUACGAUGUUGUAGUUGCACGCUACUCCUCCCCUGCUAUUGCUGCGAUAGGCCGUUUCUCGCUGCCCUAUCUCUUCCCCGAUCUGUCUGCCUUUGCCACUGUAGCUGACCUCAUCACUCACCUCCGUACUAGUGAUCUUCGCUACCGUGCCGCGCUUCCCCCCGAUUUCCUUGCCAAGAACCCUCCCCCGAUGUACCUAAUACUCUACCACCUAGUCACUCGCCUCCCUGACUCUCUUCACGUUGUCAGGGACCACUUUCUCGCCCUCUCCCCCACCGACCUCACUGUCGACCUGCCCGAGAAGGAACUCCUUGCAGCUGAGACUAGUAUUGUAGCUGUAGGUGCCUCUUGUGGCGACCCUCGCACUCCCUUCUUUGAGGGAUGUUCCCCCUCCCCCCUUCUCCCCUCCAUUGCAUCUGCUGCUUCUGUCGACUACCUCGGUGCUGAGGGGGUUGGGUUGCGUCUACUCCCAGUGGGAGGCGCAAGGGCGGCAGGGGCAAGGAGGGCAAGGGUGGCGGAGGUGGCCGCGGGGGCGGCGGUGGUGGAGGGGGUGGAGGGGGCGGGGGUGGUGGCGGUGGUGGGAGUGGUGCUGGUGGUGGGGGGGUCAGUGGCAGAGCCGGGGGUGGUGGCGGCGGCGAUGGUGGGGGUGGCGGGGGUGGUGGUGGCAGUGGUGGCGGCAGUGGAGCUGGUGGUGGGUGCGGUGGAGCGGUGCAGCGUGAGGGGUUCAGCGGUGGCCAUAGGCAGCAGCAGCAGUGUCCCAGCGAGACCCCGUCGCCCUAGCAGCUCCGUGAGUGGUACUAUCAGCGUGGGGGGUCUUGUUGAGGGUGACUGUUACCUGCGUGUACCGCCCGACCCGGGUAUUGGGACCACUGAGGCUGCCGCUCUAGGUGCUAGUGCGUCUGCUGCCCUUGGUCGUGGUGAGGCUGCUGCUCUAGGUGCUAGUGAGUCUGCUGCUCCAGGUGCUCGUGCGUCUGCGUCUGCUGGUAUUGCGUCUACUGAGGCACUGCACACCUUCACACUGGACUCAGGUGCUUCCCGCUGCUUCUUUCGUGACCGCACUGUCCUUGAGCAGCUAGCUCGGCCUGUUGCUAUCUCCCUCACUGACCCCUCUGGGGGCCCGGUCCUUGCGACCUCCUCCACUGUCCUCCCUUGUCCUGCGGCCCCGUCCAGCACCCUGUCGGGUCUUUACCUUCCCUCGUUCUCUAUGAACUUGGUGGCGGGCUCUGCUCUCCAGGACGGGGGUGUUCACCAGUUCACCCCGACCUAUGAGCGUGUGACCCACUGUACGUGUGCUCGGACGGGUCGCCACCUGGCUACCUUCACUCGGCAGCCGGGGUCUGACCUGUACACAUUCACCACUGAGUUGUUGGUGUAA